AUGACGUUUUUUUUCACCUCCGUUAGUUUAGCCUCCAAGGUUGUAAACUUGUUCUCGAGAGAGAAGUACUAUGAUAAGGCUGCAGCUAAGAAGAAGGCCACUCGCGAUUUAAUCCCUGAAAAAUGGAGACUUCCAGCAGAUUUGUACCCAACUGAUCCAAUGGCCAAUGUUUUGGAUAUCCCAAGAACUUGUGGAAUUUUGACUGAGAAGGAACAGGACAUUACCGAGAACUACACUGCAGCUGAGAUGCUGGUCAAGCUCAGCUCAGGUGAGUUCACCUCGGUCGAAGUCACCACAGCAUUCUGCAAGAGAGCUGCCAUUGCAACUCAAUUGACCGACUGUUGCACUGAGUUGAUGUUCGAUCUUGCUUUGGCAAGAGCCAAGGAGUGUGACGACUAUCUGGCUGAGACUGGAAAGGUCCUUGGACCCUUGCAUGGAUUGCCUAUCAGCAUCAAAGAUUCGUUCCAUGUGCCAGGUUUUGACUCAACCAUCGGAUAUGUUUCCUUCAUUGGUAACAAGUCGCUCUUUGACGAUUACUCGGCCCUUUGUAAGUUGCUUUUGGCCCAGGGUGCUGUUUUCUACGUCAAGACCAACAUCCCCCAGACCUUGAUGGCAGGUGAGUCUGUCAAUAACGUUUGGGGUCGCACCUUAAAUCCCAACAACAUUGGACUUUGUGCCGGAGGUUCUUCAGGUGGUGAGGGUGCUCUUUCCAAGAUGAGAGGUUCCAUUCUGGGAGUGGGAACCGACAUUGGUGGCUCCAUUCGUAUCCCUGCAUUGUGCAACGGUGUGUAUGGAUUCAGACCAACUAUUGGAAGAGUUCCGUACGGUGGUCAGCAAUCCCCAAGUACCACCCUCAGUGGAAGACCGGAUGGUACUUUGUGUGGUUUGACAGCCGUUGCUGGUCCUCUGACAAACGAUUGCGACGAUAUGAAGGUAUUUUUCAAGGCCGUGAUCGAGGGCCAACCUUGGAAGUACGAUGGAACGGCCAAGUGUGUUCCAUUCGACAGAUCCUUUGAUUCCUGGACUGGAAAAGAAAAACUCAAGAUUGGUGUUGUUCUUGAAGAUAAGGCUAUUCCCAUCCACCCAAAUAUAAAGAAGACUAUCCUGGAGUCCGCUGCUAAGUUGAAGGCUGCUGGUCAUGAGGUAAUCAUCUUCGAUGAGUCUCCCGAUAUCUGGAGAGGAUGGCAGAUCAGUUCUUCGUUGUUUAGAUAUGAUGGAAAUUACUCCAUGUCCUAUAAUAUCAUAUCCUCGGGAGAGCCUCCAAUCCAAGAGAUCAGCACUUUUCACUUUCCUCCAAACAAACUGCCAGACCUAGUGUCCCUUACCAGGGCCAAGGCCAAGCUCGUUCUCGAAUGGCGCAACUUCUUCACCAACCAGAAUUUGGAUGUUCUUAUGUGUGCAGCAGCUCCUUGCUCCGCUCCAGUUCAUGGAGAUUUCCUUGACGCCCCAUACACUACCAUCUGGAACAUGUGUGACUUCCCAUCUGUGGUGAUGCCGGUGGGUAAGCCACUUGCAGCUGAUGAUGAUUUCUCAGAAUAUCCUAUAACUAAGGACCCCUCGGUCAAGACCUUUGAACACUGUGUCGCACCUUGGAAACCAGACCAAAUGGUUGGUGGUAUUCCUCACGUUCAAUUUGUUGCGAGGGAUUUUGAAGAUGAGAAGCUUCUGGCAUGCUGCUCUAUUUUGGAUAAAGUGCUUCACUAG